AUGACAUUCCCAAAACGCUGUAGGGAUAAUAACAUAAUCCCAAAGUUCCUACAACUCACGGAUCACAUAGGAACUCAUAAAUCCAAAAACAUCUAUCAUAAAACCAGCCCCAUCCUCAUCAAAGAACGAAUCCACUUCACUAAGUCACAAAUAGUGCAGAUCUUUCAUGUAUGGUUUCAAAACAGACGGGCAAAGUGGAGAAAGCAAGCUCGGUUACAAUUGCUGCAGGAUGCGUGGAGAAUGCGAUGCUUGGGUUUAGGAAGCGCUACGCCGCUACUUCUCGGCCGAUCACCCUCCGGUGGUCUCGAGAGGAUCAGUGACGCAUCUUCAACUUCUCCGUCAUCCUCAUCAGCUUUCACAGGCUCGCCGAAUACGACUGACAAAUUAGCUGAGAUUGGCAGUCCUGUAUCGGUUUGCAGAGAUUUUCGAAUCUUGCCUUCACUGCCACCUGGCCCUCUCCCGAGGAGACCCAAGAAGGUACGCCCAUCGGGUGAGGGAAGACGUCUAGGCCCCGAGUUGCCUAGAUGUGCCAGAUUCAACUACUCCGUAAUCGCGAAGGAUACACCGGGAUGGCCGCCUACCAGAUUAAAAACUCUCCCUUUAUCUGUCUACGUCCCUAUUUGGGAGAGUUUCGGAAUCGCGACGAGCGGACGCCCCCAGGCAGAUAAGCCUGAAAGCAUCCAUGACUCGUAA